AUGGGAAACCUCCAUCAUUCUAUUCGGGUUGGGCCAGUGGAACAACAGUUGGAUCAAAACAGACAGCCGGUGGGAAUCAAGUUUGAAAGACAGGAUUUUAAACAACAAUGGAUCGAUGAAGGAAAGGUGACUGCUAAAGAAGAAAUUGGCUCAACAUCUCUUCCACUAGAUGCUAUCGCCGCUGUUGGAGAAUCACUGAUUUUGCAUUUUGGCGAUUACCGACGACUGUACAGAAACUGUCAGACAUUUGCGGACAUUUUUGUGCAAAUUGUUUGUGACGUCGACCACAAAGCAUUCUCUUCACCAUCUAUCCAGAAUGUUAUCGCCACUACUCUUUUGGCUUUUCCCCUGACUACAGUCGGCGGCUCCGUUAUGCACAUCAAGCAAAAAAACUUCGUCAAGAAAACAAAAAAGGCAAUUUCUUGGGAAGAUAUUGUUGAUGCUGAAAUUAAUGAUGAGAUCAACAAAAUUGAGCUGGGCAUUGUUGGAUCAAAAACUAGUUGUUCCCUUAUUAAAAAGCAUGUUCUUAAUAAUACGUUUUAUGACAGCUUUCUUUCUGUUCUGAUAUUAUUGCGGGAUAAUUCAUUUAUGACAAAUGAUACAUUCAAGUUCUUUGGUAAAUCAAAAGAUAAUAUCUUCAUUUUUGUACAUCUAACUGAUUUUUUAUUGGAUAAUGUGAAUGACGAAAUUUACCAAACUUUCAAUUAA